AUGCACGCGAGCCCUUCCCCUUCCUCGGUCUUGCCCUUCACGGCGGCCGAGAUGAAGGCGAUGCAGACGAUUUACCCGCAGUACCUCGACGCCGGCCUCACGCCGAAGGAGGGCCGGCGCCUGACGAAGGCCCAGGCCGUCGUCAACCCCUCCGUCGAGGAAAUCGCCACCGCGCUGCAUGAGCUCGGCUUUCAAAAGAUUGUGAUUAUGGCGCGGAAGUCCCUGCCGCGCUCGCAGGGCUCGAUGCGGUUCGCGAUCGUCCCCUACGGCGCGGUGAAAGUCCUCCUAAAGGAGCCCACGGACGUACAUUAUAUCAAAAAAAGCGAGUUUGAUCAGCAAACGCGAAACCCAACCGUGGUGGGGUUGGAAUCGAAGCAUGCGGUCCUCAAACGGGUGGCGGCACUGAUUAAAGAAAAAGGAGGUCCGAGGCCGCUCCUGCCGACUCCCGCGGAAAUCCUCGCGAGCGUCGCUGUAAACCAACCGAAGGUGAAAAAGUAG